GGUGGGUGGGAAAGGAAGCCCAUAAAGGGGAGGUGCAGUUUCAGAACCGGCCUAGCUCUCUCCUCUCUUGCUGACCGGCCUCUGGCGGGUCUCUCCUCCAACUUGGCCCGGCAGACCCCUCAGGGGACACCAAUGGCCAACCACAGAUUCAGUUCCGUGUCCGAGGAAGAACCCUGCUGCAACAUUUCCAAGAAAACCCAGAUCUGUCUCUGCGUCUUUUUUGGUCUCCUGAUCGCGGUGAUCAUCGCGGUGCCGGUCGGAAUCUUGAUGUGGCGCCCUCCGCCCAAGCAGUGGAAGGGGGAGGGCACCACUGCCCAUUUGUACGAGAUCCUCCUGGGACGGUGCUACACCUACACUCAAAUCGUGCGACCUGAGCUGGGACAUAAAGACUGCCAAAAGAUAGGGAAGGCAUUCACAAAGGCAUUUCUUAUGAAGGAUCCUUGCAGCAGCACAGAACAGGACUAUCAGCUGCUAAUGGAGCUGACAGAUGAAGCUGUCCCUUGCGACAAGACCCUUUUCUGGAGCAAAUCCAGCGAGCUGGCGCAUGACUACACGCGGGUCCGGCGUGACAUGUUCACGCUGGAGGACACACUGCUGGGCUACAUGGCGGACGGCCUCAAGUGGUGUGGAGACCCAGGCUCUUCUGGUGAGGGUCAGGGCCUUUUGGGGUUGCCCAGGGACGUGUCGGGCAGACCAGUACCUGCCCUCAUGCCAUCCCCACCCUUAAUGACAAUCCAGGCUCAUGUAAAAUAGCAUUCUUUAGAUCAG